AUGAGCGGAAACAAAUCGCAGGGUAUUGAGGGCAAUCGUGGCCUUGUUGUUGCUCUGAGCACUGUACUCUCUGUGCUUGGAGUGAUCAUUAUCAUCGGGGCCAUCUUUGUCUGCUACCGUUACCGCCGUGGCCGCCUUCCGUUUAGCCGCCGGGGCAACAGCCCGAUUGAUGACGAGGAGAUUGAAUCCUGGAAGGCCUGCCGGACGAUUGAGAAAUGUACGACCGUGGUUGUGGAUAAACACGACUCGGCUGGUUCUAUUCGCAAGCCAGCCAGCGUGAUUGUUUAUCAAAACCACAACCAGCACCAGCCGCGUCCUUCUACGGAUACGGCCCCUCGCUCUCUGUAUCACAAGCGGAGCAUGGACAAGAAGAGUAUCGAUAUCCCUCAAACUCCCGUUCUCGCACGAGCCCCGAACGCACGCGUUGGCCUCACUGACGACGCCGUCGAGGAACUCCAGACUAUCCAAGUUGCCGUCUCCUCGUCAUGGCAGACAUCGCAGCUCUCGCAGCAGCGCGAGUGUCGGUAG